AUGCCUCCCAAAGCCAACCAGGACGUUGCCGGCCAGAUGAACUUCCUCUUGACUUGCAUCAAGCACUCGACAAAUGGCAAGAUCAACUGGACCGAAGUUGCCGAGGAGCUCAGCAUCGUAUCCAAGGCCGCAGCUGCCAAACGCUACGAGCGUCUCCUCAAAGCGCACGACAUCCAGCCGCCCAAGAACUACGGCUCCUUGACUGAUGAUGUGGGCGCCAGCGGCGCGAGCAGCCCGGCCCAGGCCAAGACUCCUCGGGCUCCCCGCAGCACUAAGCGCAAGAGGGCCACUGCAACCGUCAACUACAACGAGGAUUCCGGCAACGAAGGUGGUUCCGGCGACAACCGUGAGCCCUUCACGUACAAGGCCGAACCGGAGGAUUCCGAUGACGACGAGAAGCAACGCCCGCUGAAGAAGGAGAAGACCACUCCUGAGAUGCAGACCAAGCAGGAGGAGGAGGAUGAUGGUGAGUCUGACUACUUUUCUUGUUGCUCUGACGAUGUCGACCUUUUGGAUGAAGAAGAUGCAGCAUACGGGUGGGAAGGCAAAGGAUAUGACGUGCUAAUGGAUGUUGUUGGGAGGAUAGAGGGAGAAGACAACUACAAGUAUGAGGGUGAGAUCUGA